AUGGCAACAUCUGUGCGGUGCCCAUGCAGCCUCGCCCUGGUGUUCAUCUUGCUCUUCGUCUUCUUCGGCAACUUCAAUGGCACCCUCUGGGACGAGGAUGAAGUGUGGGAGAAUUCUGGUGCCUCAUCGUCUUCAUCGCGCCCCUCCUUGCCGUUGCCGCCUGCGGUGAUGACAACAUGGACUCAUCAGCAACAGUGCCAGUACAUGGCGGCUGGCUGGGAUGAGAAUGUGUCGCUGGCUGAACAACUCCAGGAUUCCAUGGAUGUUGUCCUGCCUGGCGAGUUCCCCCUGCAAAAUGGAGCUGGUGAAUCACCGGAACCAGAAACUCUGCCUGUGCCAUUCCGGAACGAGAUGGUUGACCACCAGAACGGCGGCACGCCACAGACCCUUGCUGUUCUCCUACAUGAUGGACGAGCUCUGCGCGGAGGAGACCCACAACCUGCUGCUCCUCAAGCACCCGGCCGUGAUCCCUCCACUUUGCUGGUGGCAACCAGAACACAGCAUGGAAAGGGAGAAGUGUCCUUGGAUGCCCCGAACACAAUGGCCCCAACAACGUCCUCGGGAAGAUCUACCUCGUCGUCCUCGUGGCAACAGGCUCCUUCUGUGGUGGAAAACCCCACGUCGUCGGGAACCUCAAUUUCCAGACAAGAACCUGACCCCUGGGGAAGUUCCUGGGCGACUGACGCGUCCUCUUUAAGUGCAUCGGAGCCCACAGGUGGAUGCGACGGACUCCCAGAUGACCAAAAUGUCCACGAAAAUGUUCCCAGCGUUGUUGAUGGCAUCACUCGGCGCUUCAACCGGCCACGCGCAGGACGAGAUCGGUGGCACAACGCGGAUGGUUCAGUGCGUAACCGCCUACAGGAACGCUUGGCCAGUGAAGCUCGCUUGGGAACCAUCCAAGAAGAAACACCGCCGCCCUUUGAAAUCCUUGGUGCACAUCAAUGUGGAGAAGGCCAUGUAGUGCAAGCGAAGACCUUUUAUGGAGAGCCCUUUGCAGUAUGGUCCAGUGGCAUGGGAGCCACUUCAGGAGAACCUACAACGGCGGAUGGAGACAUGGACCAUGACAAUGCGGACACUACGGAUGCAGCAGAUACUGGAGGCACUACAUCGAUGGAGGAGGCCUCGUCCUCUGAUACCGCUUCCACUCCACCCGCCGAGGGCAUGGGCUUUUGGCGACAUGGACAAUGGGUGCCACGUGAAAGAACAGCGCUUGAGCAAAGAAGUCAUGUUGGCGGGAAUGGAAUGCAGCGUUGGCUUAAGCAACAACGACGCAUGAAGGCAUACUUCGAAGGCAAAUGGCGACCCGCCUGGCUACAGAACUACAUUCAAGAACGAGAUCUUCGUCGCGGAGCAGGUGGUAACAUGGAGAAUGAGGAACACAAGACUGCCACAACGAGACCAAGUGAAACGUCAACUGCAACCACGACUGGCACGGAGGAGGAGCAGACCUGGGACACCUGGAACACUCACUCGUCUGGCUGGAUGUGGAACUCGGGAGACCAUCAAGCAGGGUCGUCGUGGACAGAUCAAACUACCGACUCGUCCUUGUCCUCAUGGAGCGAUUGGUCUGAUGAUUGGUGGUGGUGGAGACGGAGCUGGAGCGAGUGGGAUGAAAUGGCAUGGACUUCGUCAACUUCAACAUCCACUACGUUCUCAUUUUCUUGCACGUCCACUACGUCCUCAUCUUCUUGCACGUCGUCGACUUUGUGCAGCUCAUUACCUGUGACCUCGGGAUCCUCGACAUCGACGUCCACGCUGGCAACUGUUCCGGGAGGAGGAAUGCAAGGAGGGGCGGAUGGAUCUACCACGGCGUCCACAACGUCCCAGGGUGAGUUGCCUACGAUGCCUCCUAACUGGGGGCUCUUCCCGGAGGUACACCCUGUGGGAACGCAACCUCCUUUUAUUCCAAGGCCUCCCAGCGACUCCGAGAAUGACACAGAGGAUGGUGAAGCCUUCAGCUUUAUGCAGCUAACGAAUGCGGAGAGACGUCGUUUGGAGGAACGUGGUGUACCACAGGUGAUGGUCCAGCGGGUCGAGAACCUUCUCCUGGCAUUAGACAGGAUGCAGUCGGAAGGCCGCGGCGCUGAGGGACGGUGGGCGGUGGGAUGCCUGCACGCACGACUCAUCGAUGGCAUUGACGCGCUGGAGGCUUUACACACGGUCAUUGCCCGUAGAUUUAUUCCACAAGGAUAUCUCCCCGUACGUCGUGUACCUCAGGCCGAAGAAGAUAGAUGGCGACUUUUCAAUUGGGCCCGCAAUUACGUGGACCUCUUCGUGCAGACGCUGGAAAGGUGCUUGGAUGUACGUCUCCAACCAGCAGACACGGUGGUCUCUCCGAUGGCUCCAGCAGACACAACAGAGACACAUAGCAUUGUCAGUGCUGAUCAAGAAGUCUCUGGGGCUGGAUCCUCGACAACAGCGGCCACGAGUUCUGCCAGUGGGACGAGACGACGGGCCACCAGACGUAGGGCACGAAGAACAAGAUCAAGGAGCCCAACGGGCACAUCAGUGCACUACCCCACCAUAGAUAGUGACCUGAUCGUCAAUUCUCAUGGGGAGCCGGUGUCACCACUGUCCUCGACUGCGGGCCCUUUUGGACCACCUCCGCCCCAGCCGGUGAAUGCUCCAACAGGAAGCCAUGACAUGGGAACGAGUAUGACAUCGUCUUCUUCGGCACCGCCACUGGCGCCUACUGAGCUCCUGGGCAUUUGGCGUGAACCUGAGCCGGGUAGUGAUGAGGAACCUUUCGCGCCACCCUCGUCGACUUCGACCACCACUCUGGCUGCUGCCUCGUCCUCCUCAUGUGUGGAACCACUGGGACAACCUGCUCUGGUUGAAGGAUCGCUGGUCAGCGCAACAUGGGAUGGCUUUAACUCCACCUGCUUGUGGUCGUCAACUACCUCUACAACCUCGUCGUCCAUGAUGACGACCCCUCAGGGGAACGUGCCUCCUGGAAUUCUGUGGCCAUCCGAUGUCGUUCGGGACGAAGUGAAUGUGAACCUUGUACAGGGAGGACAAGUUGAUACAGUGGAACUUCUGCGUCGCCUACUUGUUCGCCAACGACAUCUACAGCAUCGUCACCGCCUGAUUAUGACAGCAAUGGAAGAGGCCCUGCGGUGGAUCAAUCAGCCGUUGGUGGCAACUCCACUGAAUGCUGGCACGGCUGAACACAAUGUCAUGCAGGUGGUUGAGCAUGAGGCGUCCUUUGGGUCAGGACCGAGCAGCUCUGCUGGGUCUAACACAGUCUCCACACCGUCCACAGUUCUGGCUCCGGGUUUUCCGUCCUCGGUCGAUGAACUACGAGCUGCUCUCCCCCCGCGACCAGAUCAUGUGCUUGUGGGAUACAGACGACGUGCCUGGCGAGAGAACGCCCGCAGGGUCUUUCGGGAUGAACUCGACUACGUCCCAGAAGGUCAUUGGCCGCCUGAGGAUGACGAUCAGCUCUUCAUUGUUCAGCAGGAUGAGUCGACCAACGUGGAAGACGUCGUCAUGAAGUUCGUCGUCCCCCUCCUCGACUUGACCGUCGACUUCGCGCAGAACAAGAUCGAGCUCGAGAACAUCGUGGGCAUCAGGUUGGUCGACAAUCUCGUGGAAAUCUUGUUCAUCAAGAACCUCCUGUCGUGUCGUCUGCUGCCGCCAGUACUACCCAUGCCUCUUCUUCCAGUCGUCGCCGUCGGGCAGCUGCUUCUCAGUUUGCGGGGCACCACUUUGCCGAAGCCUGUUUUCGUUUGCCUCAAUGUGGCAGCCGAUCUAGUGUAUGCCCUUGUGGUGGGCUCCUUCGACACUCGUGCAGAGCAGAAAGAGCGGGACGCCAACAUCAAGCCUGGCGAGGAGGCCCAGUGGUGCCUUUUCGACCCAAUGAUCAGCGCCUACUACGGCAAGCUCUAUCAGAAGACAAAGAAGAGUGAGUACCUCAGCAAGCAGCAGCUGUUUCUGGCUCGGUCCCUCGCGGCCAUCACGGGCGAUGAGUGCGAGUUCGGUGCGUGGAUGUGCGCCGAGGCCUACUACUUGGCCAAGGGCAAGUGGCAGCCCAAUGACAACACGCCGCUGGUCUGGACGAUGGUCGACCUGAAGAUGGCGUUGUACGAGAUGGAGAUCAGUCUCGGAGGAACAGGUCUUCCUUCCUCGAGCUCGUGCGCAAUUCUCUGA